CAAUCCAAAAAUAAAAAAGUGACACGAAAUUUGAGGAUCGGAAAGAAGAGAAUGUUUCCUAUAGUUCCUCAAAAUUUUGAAUUUAGAAAUCACAGUUUUUCGAGUCCGGAGUUGAUUACGAGUUUUGUGACCGGUUCUUCAAAACUUUUGGUGCCUGGAAAAGUUACGGCUUCGGGGGCGAUUCCUCAAGGAGCUGUCUCAGCCCCCAUCGAGGCUGCGCAACUGGUGGGACAAUCGGACGUUGUCCAGAUUUCUGCACAGCCGAAUUCUCUUGGUAUUAUCGACCUCGAGAAAAAUUCUAAAGAAAUUUGGUCUGAAAAAAUCCACUGGGUUAGAGCUUUACGUCUUUCUGACGAUUGUCACAGUUACAAUAUUCAACUACGUUUCCAACCAAACCAACGUCCAGGAACUAGUUUUAGCAAAAAUGUCCCAACAUCCAAAUUAAUCCUUCAGGCUGUGAGACCCAUCGAAACGGGUCAAGAAUUACUUUUGUGGUUUUCAGAAGAUAUACUAGCAAUGUUGCAAAUUGCUUUUUUGACACCAUCAAAUAUACAAGGCCAAAAGAAGUAUGUUUGCACGAAAUGUUCAGCUCUUUACGAAUCGCCAAAUCCGUUAAAACUCCACAUUUCCCUGGGAUGUGGUCGAUACACAAUAACUUCACUUUGGGAGAGAUUAUCAAACGCAAUUCGCGAAAACACGCUCCAAAACGUUGUAAAACAAGACAUUUUUGAUUUUAAAUUAUCACCAGAGCCGCAAAUAAUGCGCCAGAGAAACGCAAUGGACUUGUCGAUGUCCAAUUCCAGUCAAAACAAGCAAGAAACUAGUCAAAAAGAUAUCUACAGGCCUUACAACAGUGAAACUUCGGCUUUUAGGCCUUUUAGAAAAUUUCAAGAUGAGGGUUUUACCCACAGCGAAAAUCUCUUGGUUCCCAUUAUGGAAAAUGUGCAAAUAUGGCCGCUGGCCCCGUUCGAGCAGAACAAUUUCCUGCAGCACACCUCGAACGAGGAUGAGGCCCACAUUGAGACCUUGGUGAGCAGUUUGGGCAAGUCUAAGCAAGGCCACAUUUGUCUCUAUUGUGGAAAAUGCUACUCGCGGAAAUACGGCUUGAAGAUCCACAUUAGGACACACACGGGGUACAAGCCGUUGAAAUGCAAGUUUUGUAUGAGGCCUUUUGGGGACCCAAGCAAUUUGAAUAAGCAUGUGCGGUUGCAUGCUGAGGGGAACACCCCGUAUAAGUGUGAUUUGUGCGGGAAGAUAUUGGUGAGACGGCGGGAUCUGGAUAGGCAUUUGAAGUCGAGACAUAUGAUUGAGAUGCAUCCAGGAUUGAACAUUUUACAGGAGGAUUCAAAUCCGGAUGAAGAUGUUAAGGGUGAAAGCGAGAUACCCAAUAGUUGAGUUAUUAUA